AUGAAGGCUGCAGGCAUUCAACGCGGUGAUCGCAUUGCCAUCGUGGGGAGCAACAGCAUCGAUUCAUUGCUUGUCCUGCUGGCUACAAUUGCUCUAGGUGCAAUUUUCUCUUCCGCUUUAACUGACAAAGUAGAGCUUCCUGUCAAACAGAUCGUAUCUGGAAAGACUGUACAGCCCUCGGAAACGUUACUCAAUCCUAAAAGCCUUCAUUACUACUACCGGUUUGCAAAAAUUGAGGAAGUAUUGCAAGCCCAAGCCAAGCUUUGA